UAAUUUAGAGGGCAGUAAGAAAGUCAAAAUAAAGUCCACAAGCGCUACCUCCUCCUCCUCCUCCUCCUCUUCUUCUUCUUCCCCAAUCAUCACUCGCUUCACGACAAAAGCUUCCGCCAUAGCUGUCCUUUCAUUGCCCGCUGAAACAGAAGGACCUCUCACUCCAUCCGCUCAACACUCGCUACCCAUAUCCUUCUUUCGAAUCAAUUUUUGUGUUCUUGUUUGUUGAUGGAGCCGUCUCAUCAACUUUCACAAGCGCCCGAGGAGAUUAUUCUACGCUGGGACUCAGCUGCGCCGGAGGAACUGAAGGAUAAGAUGAUUUUUGACUCAGAUAGGGAAGAGAUCGACCGAUACUUGCAGGCCGUCGAUGAAAUCCAGAGGUCUAUGUCGUCGGCUUCCAUUUCCGACGAUCAGAACAAAGUCGAUUCCACUAUGCAGAUCGCUAUGGCCAGGCUUGAGGAUGAGUUCCGUUACAUUCUGUCUAGUCAUACCACUCCAAUCGAGGUUGAGUCGCUUACUGAUCCGAGUUCCUCUUCUCGCUCUAUGUCCACUACUGAGAGUUGUGUAUUCGAGGAUGAAAACGACGAGGAAGCGGAUUCGCAGGAAGUUCAGCUUGAUUUAAGUAGCAGUAGCAGUCCAAGGUUUGGGUCAAGUGGCCGAUCGAGCUAUCGGGCGAUGAGUAGUAUUCGUGAAAUUGAUCUGAUACCUUCGGAUGCGAUUAUCGAUCUACGAAGUAUUGCUGAGCGGAUGAUUACGGCGGGGUACCUGCGCGAGUGCAUCCAAGUCUAUGGCAGUGUGCGAAAGUCCACCUUCGACUCCAGCUUCCGACGUCUCGGAAUUGAGAAACUGAGCAUUGGAGAUAUCCAGAGGCUGGACUGGAAUGAGCUGGAGAUGAAGAUCAGGAGGUGGAUUAAAGCAGCAAAGGUUUCUAUUAGGACCUUGUUUGCCAGUGAGAAGAAGCUCUGCGAGCAAAUCUUUUAUGGCAUAGGGACAGCCAUAGACGAUGCUUGUUUCAUGGAGACUGUAAAGGGCCCCGUGGUUCAGUUGUUCAAUUUCGCCGAAGCGAUCAGUAUAAGCCGCAGAUCGCCGGAGAAGCUGUUCAAGAUUCUAGACCUCCACGAUGCCUUAACGGAUUUGAUACCUGACAUCGAUGUGAUAUUCGAUUCAAAAUCAGCGGAAUAUAUUCGGAUUCAGACGGCGGAGAUAUUGUCGCGGUUGGCGGAGGCCGUCAGAGGGACUUUGUCGGAGUUUGAAAACGCGGUGAUGCGAGAUCCGUCUCUGCAGCCGGUUCCCGGUGGGACGCUUCAUCCGUUGACAAGGUAUGUAAUGAACUAUGUGAGUCUGAUUUCGGACUACAAAGUGACGUUAGACGAGCUCAUCGUGUCCAAACCAUCGACGGGCUCGAGGUACUCGGCCGACCCCACAACCCCAGAUAUGGACUUCGCUGAGCUAGAGGGUAAAACGCCAUUAGCGCUCCAUCUUAUAUGGAGCAUCGUGGUUCUGCAGUUCAAUUUGGAGGGAAAGUCCAGGCACUACAGAGACCCUUCUCUAGCUCACCUAUUCAUUAUGAACAACGUUCAUUACAUUGUUCAGAAGAUAAAAUUAUCCCCAGAAUUGCGAGAAAUGAUCGGAGACGUUUAUCUGAAAAGGCUGACCGGGAAGUUCCGACGGGCGGCGACAAACUACGAGAGAACAACGUGGGUGAAUGUGCUGUAUUGCCUGCGAAACGAAGGGUUGAAUGUGGGCGGGAGCUUGUCUUCCGGCCCCGCAAAGAGCCUUAUUAGAGAAAGAUUCAAGACUUUCAAUGCCAUGUUUGAGGAGGUUCACAGGACACAAUCAGCAUGGUUGAUACCAGACUCUCAGCUGAGGGAGGAGCUUCGCAUAUCCAUAACUGAAAAGUUGAUCCCAGCUUACAGGUCGUUUCUUGGCCUCCAUGGCCACCACAUAGAGAGUGGAAAGCACCCGGAAAAUUACAUCAAGUACUCGGUCGAGGAACUGGAAAAUGCCAUCUUGGAUUUCUUUGAGGGUUGCUCAGUAACCCAUAACUUGAGAAGGAGAUCCCACUGAUAGAUAGAAAAUAGCAUGCUACUCCAUUUUCAAGUUACUCAAAUUCUUUCAAUUUUUGGUGGAGUUUUUGGGAUGAUAUGGUGGUUGCCUUCUUUCUCGUCAUCCACUAUGAAGCUUCGUCGUUCAUCAUUCUAGUAUUGGGAGUGACCCUGUUCUGCAACUGAUCUGCUUUAUUUUUCCAAUGGAGCCACAUCCUCGGCCUGAAUUCUCCUGCCUUGUAAGCAUGUUACUUGUUUUCUUACCAUAUUUUUUUCUAAAUUUUUUGUUCAUAUUGGAAUUGUUCUUUGUUUGCUUUUCAUUUCUUAUUUUGCACAUCUAAAUUAUUUGGCUGUCUCCUUCUAAGCAUUCAAGUCGUCUGCACCAUGUUGUUUUUUUUGUUCUGCACCAUGCUGUAUUUUUGUUCUAAUGUGGAGACACAGUCACUGAUAAUCUUUCAGUCUACCAUUUUCCCUCUUUUCCAAAACAAUUUUAGAUGUCUAUCACAUAGUUUCUAUUCAAUUGAUGAAACUUUGGAAGCCUUUAGAAAUAGCAAAUGAAUAGCAUAAAGUAAUAUCCCUGCUUUGAACCCAAAACAUAGCAACUGAUCUUAGCGAUGUUGACUGUUUUAGUUAAGUUCCAGAUUUCGAGUCUGUUAGCAAAUAGUUCCACAUUAGACACUAGUUGGCUGGAACUUCAGACACUAUUCAAAAUCCUUUGAUGUGGUUGCAGACUGUACUACAAUGCUUGUAUACUGUUAAGCCAUUUCUCAUUUAGCCAGCCAUAGCUUUUCAGUGAAUUGUUUCUGUUUCUUUCAUUAUUCUGGAGGACUGUUACUUGCCAUACAUUGUGGGUAAAAAGAGUAUUGUAGGGGCUUUAAGUGGUUUACUUAAACUCAAUUGGUGCCCAAAAACCUGGGGACAUUAAAUCAACUUUCCGAUCAGAUUACCAAAUGGCCUUAAAACUGAGGGCAAUCUGCUUUUCAGUUGACUGACUGAACCGACUUUGGUAUUACUUCAUCAUGUUAAUUUGCAGAUUAUUAGUUUUUUUAGUUCUUAGUUCUGAUUCAGUCUUAUUUACAUAUACAUAUAUAUGUUAUGAUGUAGACACCUAGUUUAUUGAACAGAGAUAAACAUGAUAUACAAAUAGGAACAAUAUUUUCAGACAAGAAAGGACACAUUAAAUACAGAGCAACUUUUUUUCCUUUGAAAUUGAGAGUGGAAGUCUCUCCCUAGUCUCACUCAGUCACCUGCCUGGAUUCUCAUCAGUCAUGUGUCUGCCUAACUCUGAUUGUUCUUUUCGUUUAUUUUCUUACCAAAGUUUCAAGAGGUGAGUGUUGGAACAUACUACCUUUAGAAAGACAAGUAAUGCCUUGACAAGUAAAACCAUGCUUAGGUCGACAAUUUAGUAGUUUUUUUCCACUCAUUUCUCGUGAGUAUAAUAGAUCAUAUUUUAAAUUGUAUAUUAAUUACCUUUAUAUCUCUACAAUGAACACAUAUUGUCCUUUUUUUU